CUGACCAUUCUGUUUUUUUGAAGGCAGAGAAACGAGAGAGUGAAAUAAUGGAGAAGGGUACACCAAACAAGUCGAGCACCAACUGUGAAAGCAACACAAGAUCUGAAAUAUGUUUAUAUAUAUAUUACUUUAAAGAAAUUGGAAUAUAUUCUGAGGAAGGUUCUACCAUUUUUGCCCCCUCUUGUCAGUAGUAUAUACAAGACUAUAGUUUCUGGGUCAGAUUCAGACUCUGUAAUUCGAUUUCAAUUGCAAAUGGGUUUUCUUCAGAGACAUCAUCUUCUCCUCCUUGUCCUUGUACAUUCCAUUCUCUUCCUCUCUUAUCGGGUCCAAUCUCUAGAUGAGAAGCAAAAUCUGCUUCAAGGGUUGAAUAGUUAUCGAGCAUCCUUGAACCUGAGCGCCCUCACCGAGAACAGUAAUGCAGUUUGUUUUGCAGACGAACUAGCGAGCCAGUUCAAGAACCAACCGUGUUCAAAUACUACCGGUGCAGACACUGUUCCAGGCACUGAGCCUCAGUUAUCCAACUAUCCAGACCUACUUGCCAAAUGCCAACUAAACAUAACUGAUACCAGAGAUGGGGCACUAAUGCCUGUUUGCGUUCCCAACCUGGAUCCAAACCUCGUGCUCACAAACUAUACAGAGACUCAGUACACACAGUAUCUAAAUGAGAGCACUUACAUCGGAGCAGGGAUUGGUGCAGAAGGUAACUGGAUGGUUGUCGUUUUAAGCACAAACACAAUGGGAGGGGCAUUCAGCCCAGCUGUAAAUGUGGCGAGUUUGUUUUUUAAUGUUGGUUUGGCACAAAACUUGAUGCCAUUGUUGUUGGUGUUCAUUCUCGUUUUGCUGAGUUGAAAUUGACUACAUGUUCAAAACAUUAAUUUUUUCCCCUGAUUUCUGAUUAUUAUAUAUUUGGCUGAUGACUUUUCUCAGACCUUUCAAAAAGUGGUUUGAAGGUUUUGCCAAAAAACCUAGCUGUGUUUUUGCACUCAGACAGUGGGUUGCCGAAUACUCCAAGGAAAUUGCUGAAUGUUUAUUCCAUCAAAUAAAUUCUUGAAUGCUCAUUCAAUA